UGCUUGGUGCUACACACAGUGACGUCGUGGGUGGGGGAAGAGGGAAGAGGAGGGCUGAUCUCCCAGCAAACAGCUGCUGCAGCUGUGAAGAGAAAAAAGGAGAAAGAUCGGGAGCAGCCGCGGCGAUCUAACCCCUGCAACAGCAUUACCAUGAACACCUACCUCUUUGUGUAUGACUUAAUGCAGUUCUGUGGACAUUCCUGGAUAUUUACAAAUAUGAUCAUCAGGUUCAUGUCAUUUGGAAAAGAUUCGUUGGCCGACACGUUUUACUCCAUAGGACUUGUGAUGCGCCUUUGUCAGUUGUUAUCUGUCCUGGAGAUCCUGCACAUCCUCAUUGGCAUUGAUAAAAGCCGUUUCUUCCCCAGGUUUUUGCAGAUCACUGAGAGAAUAAUUGUUUUAUUUGUCGUGAUCAACAGUCAGGAAGAAGUUCAAGGGAAAUACAUUGUGUGUGUUUUAUUUUUCCUUUGGAAUUUAUUAGAUGUGGUCAGGUACACUUACAACAUGUUAGCAAGGACAGGAAUAUACUACCUACCACUGACGUGGCUGAACUUCUCACUGUGCAUCCUGCUCUACCCCCUUUCUGUUCUGGCUAAAGCAUUUGCAAUCUACGUAUCGCUGCCUUAUUUUGAAACCUUUGGGACAUACUCCAUCAAGCUACCAUUACCAUUCGCCUUCUCAAUCUACUUCCCCUAUGUUCUGAAAAUGUACCUGCUAGUACUGUUUAUAGGUAUGUGCUUUAUCACGCAGAACCUCUUCUCAGAAAGGAAGGCUCACCUAGGCACUGGCAACAUCAAAAAGAAAAGAAGCUAAGUUGAUAUCUUGCUUUGAAAUAAGAAAUACACUCCCAGUGGGCUGCUGCGUAUUAUAAGCAAAGAAAAAUAAGACAAAGAUUUUCAAUGCACAACUCCUGUUUGGAUGCACGUUAUCCAGCUGUGUUGAAUUUUCAGAAAACAAAGGUCUCUAAUGCACCUACAAAAAGAGCUGCUCUGAAUAACUAGAUAGUUUUUCAAGUUUUGCCUUCAAAUGUCAGGAAUUUUUAAAAUGAAUAUAUUUUUUCUAACAUAUAUAAGAAAACUCAGGAAAAAAAAUUGAAAAGGGUGCCUCGACCCACAAUUACACUAACAAUACUUGUUUUCCUGUUAAUUCUUGCCUCAUCAGCAACAGGUAUUCUGCAACAACAACAAAAUUAUUUAAUAUGUGAUUAGUCUACAUUAGGCAAACAUAUAUGUUUAUAUAUAAAUAAAUAUUAAAUUGGUUAGAACUGGAAUCUCUCAAGGAGCCGAAGCUGGAAACCUGUGAGAUUCACCAGCUGAUUAGCCCCGAGCAUUCACAACAGAUCCUUUCACCUCGCAAAAAAGACUCUAGAAAAUGCAACUAAAGCAAGAAGGCAAGUGACCUUGGUCACUUGAGAAGUUACUCAUCGACUGUAUGCCCAAGGGGAUAUUUAAGGGGCAUAAACAAAGCUUGUAAUCAUGUUUCUGACAGACAUUAAGAAUCUUUUUCCUUGCAAAGAUUUUUCUUCCAUGCUGAACAGCAAACAGGUGACCAAAAGAAAUGUGAUCAAGCCAGACUAAAUAUAUGUUGUUCUUUGAAGUGAAGGUCAUGACCAUCAAAACCCAUGUACAAAAUUCUGCUUUUUGUAGAAGAUGCAGUUUUACUCAAGUGCAUUGCCCCUCAUGCUUCUGUAGGACGAUCUGUGAGAACAGGGACAGAAUACAGUCUCUUUGAAACUGGGUGUCAAGAACAUGGAUAACAGCCCAGGGAACUCUGUAUAGUAGAAAAUAGACCAUACUUGCUGCACAAAUUGCUCAGAGGUAGACAGGGGUUUUUCUUAUGUUUCAUUUGUAUGCUUAUCAUCUGCAUUUGAGUUCAUGCAGGUGGGGAAGAAAAGUGAAGCUAUUUUAAAAAAAAACUUGGAUGAAACCUUGGGGGAGAGAGUUAAAAGCAGAAGAAAUGCAUUCAUGUUACGAAGAGGCUGUUGUUACAACUUUCUAAGCCAUGCAGCUUAAGAGGGGGUUCAGACUGUUGUAACUGGGAACAACUGGGGCUAGUCCGUAUGAGCUAAGCUGUUAUGAAAAGUCACCUACUAUCGUUUUUAUUCAAUGUAUGUGGCAGACAAUGCCUGCAGACUGCUGUGACUACUGGAGUAUUUAUGAAGCAUAAGCAACAGGGUCACACAUGCAAUAGUUUAAUGGGCAACCCCGGAUAUUUUGAAAGCGCUGCAGAGUUAGUUACUCAGACCUUAUUAGACACUGAGGUACUUUCACUUUGCACUUCUGUCAGACCCAAACUGAUUCAAGUGUAGACAGUCUGGAUAACGAAGAGCAUAAAGCAGCUGAAGAGGAUGGCAGCUUUAAAGAAGAGAGCCCAAAGAAGAAAACUUCAUAAUCAAAUGACUGUAACACACAAAAGGUGAAACAGAGACACGUUCCCCUCUGGCAAUUCAGUAUAAUGCUUUUGGUGUAAAACUGUAUAGAAUCAACAUCCUGUAUGAGGAAGCAUGACAUAUGUUGAGUUUACGUGGCAAGUAUUUGGCAGUGGGGAAGCUGCAGGGAUGGCUUCUGUGAGAAGAGGCCAGGAGCUGACCCCUUGCCAGACACAAGCAGUUCCAACUGGCUCCAAAACAGAGCCACUGUGGGACAACACCAAGCCUGUUAACAAUGCUGGCUGCACCUCUGAAAACAUAUUUACAAAAGGGUAAAACAAAAUGUGCAGCAGCUGUGAGGACAAGGAGUGAGAAAAUGUGAGCUAAACAACCCUUCAGACAUCAAGGUGGGAAAAAGGAAGGGGGAGGAGGUGCUCUAAGCAUUACAGCAGAGCCUUGCAGUCUGUGAAGACCUUGGUGGAGCAACGCCCCUGCAGUUCGUGGUAUACCACAUCGGAACAGAUCUGUGUGCUACAGCCUGUGGAGGACCCCACAGCAGAGCAGACGGUUACAUCCUGAAGAUGCAGCCAUGGAAAGCCUGUGCUGGAGCAGACUCCCGGCAGGAACUGUAGCUUGAGGGACCCAUGCUAGUGCAGACUUUUCUAGAUGAACUGUGCCCAUGGAAAUGAUGCGUGCUGGAGCAGUUCUCAACCGCAGCCCAUGGGAAGGACCCAUGCUGGAGUGGUUUCUGAAGGACUGUGUCACAUGGGAGGGACUCCACACUGCAGCAGGGGAAACGUGUGAUGUGGAAGACGCAGAAGAAACGAAGUGUUGCGGACUGAUCACAGCCUCCAUUCCCCAUCCCUCCUGCACCACUCAGAGGAGUCAGGAAUGAAGAAGUAAAGUUGAGCCUGGGAAGAAGAGGGAGGUGGGAGGAAGGUAUUUUAGAGCUGUGCCUGUGCUUCUCACUGCCCUGUUUUUAUUUGGCAAUAAACUGAUCUUCUCCCAGUCAA